AUGCGGUACCAUUUGGGAUGGGUAGACCGCCACGGCAAUCCGUCCCCCAACCCCUCUUCCCAAGGGAAAGCGCUGCGCCCCACCCUUUGCAUGUUUGCCUGUGAUGCAUUGCAGGGAGACCCACGGCAGGCAGCGCCAGCAGCCGCUGCGCUGGAACUGAUCCAUAAUUUUUCCCUGGUACACGACGACAUACAGGAUGAGGGCACCGAGCGACGCCAUCAACCAACGGUGUGGGCGCUGUGGGGGACGCCCAGGGCGCUGGUGGCGGGUGAUGCCAUGCAAUGCCUCGGCGACCUGAGUUCCCUGCUCGCGAACGGAGAAGUGCCUGCGAAGACUGCGAUGAGGGUGUCGCAGUUGCUGACUGAUAGUUACCUGGAGAUGAUUGAGGGUCAGUGCCGCGAUCUGCAGUUCGAACAGCGCGCGGCCAUCGAACCCGACGAGUAUCUGGAAAUGAUAGCCCUGAAAACGGGCGCCCUGAUCCGCAGCAGUCUGGCGAUCGGAGCCACAAUUGCGGUAGAUGACGACGAUACCGUGGCGGGUGUGGCCCGUUUUGGCAGAGCCAUUGGCCGGUUGUUUCAGAUUCGCGACGACUAUCUGGGCAUCUGGGGGGAUGAGGCCAUAGUCGGGAAGUCAACGGAUAGCGACAUCGUUCAACGCAAGAAGAGCUAUCCAAUCGUGUUCGCUUUCAAACACGCUUCAGGCAGUUCGAGGGAAGAGCUCACCCGACUGUAUGCGCUGGAGUCAAUGGAAGAAAGCGAUGUAGACCGCGUGAUGGAAGUUCUGGAAGAAAUCGGAGCCGACAAGCAAACAAACGAGCUGACCACCUCGACUGCUCAGGAAGCGUUGGCCGCGCUUGGGUCACUGGAAUUGCCGCCCUGGGCGACCGACGACGCUGAAAAAUUGGUGGAAUUCCUCGCGAGCCGCCUGUUCUAG